CUGGUCAUCAAGAUGUACGUGGUGGCCAUCAUCACAGGGCAAGUGAGGCUAUGGAAGAAGGCUUUUGCCAACCCGGAGGAUGCCCUGAGACACGGAGGCCUCCAGUAUUGCCGGACUGACCGGGACGUGGAGUGCUGCCUCAGAGCCCACCGGCAUGACGUGGAGACCAUCUAUCCCUUCCUCUUCCUGGGCCUUGUCUACUCCUUCCUGGAUCCUGACCCUUUCGUCGCCUGGAUGCACUUCCUGAUAGUCCUCCUGGGCCAUAUGGUACACACGGUAGCCUACCUGAGGAAGCUGCGAGCGCCCAUCCACUCCGUCUCCUACACCCUGGCCCAGCUCCCCUGUGUCUCUAUGGCUCUGCAGAUCCUCUGGGAAGCAGCCCGCCACCUGUGA